AUGGAAUCGAAUAUUUGGUUAAAUUUGUGGGCGAAGAUCAAGAAAUUUGGCCUGGAAUAUGAUGACUUUCCCACCACGAUAGAAAAUGUUUCUCUUCUGUUGCGGAUUCUGACUAUUGAUCUUUACAAAAAAUCUGAUAAACGCAUUCCCUUGAUUUUCCACGUAAUGACUGCCAUCGCGGGACUGAGCUUCUUCUAUUGUUAUAUAUUCUCUAUGCUCUGGCUGGUUUUCUUCCGCUAUGGUUUAUCGAAUGUUAAGGAAGAUGUGAAGAAUACUGUCGAUAGAUUUUUAAAAUGCGACUCUCAAGUAAUAUCCGACACAAGAUUUUAUAAGAACCUGCGUAAGUAUCUCAGAGUUGUUAAGAGACGAGCCACAGUUAUUUGGGUAUUUCUAAUCUCUGAUGGCGCCGUGUACAUCAUUAUACCAUUUGUGGUCCCUGGAAGACUAUUUACAGUUGAUAUCAUCGUAAUUUAUGGUCUAGAACCCAUGUUGGAGACACCCAAUUACGAAAUAGCAACUUUCAUCACGACUUUAAGCGUUGGUUUUGCAGUGUAUACAAUGGUCAGUGUAGCUGUAUACGUCAUUGUUAUCGUUGGUUAUAACGAGGCACAGUUGCAUGCCCUCAGCGAAGAGUUAUUAAACGUAUGGGAUGAUAGUAAAUACUUCUACAAUAACAUCAAACAUAGGAUAACUGAUAAAGUACACGCUGUAUACAUACGAAAGAAAAUAAUGAAUGAAUUCAUAAGAAUCCGUCUGAGAGAUAUCAUAAAGUUUCACAUUGCAAAUAUUAAUCUUAUGCGUGAAUUUGAUCACGACAUUCGAUCUACUUUAGGUAUUGAAUAUACUAUAAAUACAAUUUCUAUAAUAACUGAACUACUCGAUGGUCUAGAGAAUACGUAUCUUCAAUUACCAUAUACAGUAGUUCACAUAUUAAUGGUCUGUCUUGCUGGACAGCGGAUAAUAGACGCAUGUGACCAUUUCGAAAAAUCCGUAUACUCUUGCAAAUGGGAAAACUUUAACACAAGCAAUCGAAGAACUGUAUAUUUGAUGUUGAUUAUGUCACAGAAAACUUUGAUGUUAUCAGCUGGUGGUGUCGUUAAAUUGAAUUUUACUUGCAUGAUGAAUGUUCUAAGAUCAACGUAUUCUACUUAUACGACACUGAAAUCGAUGGUGAAAUAA